CGCUGGUUUCCUUCUGAUGUUCAUUCCGCUAGAAAGAAAUUACAGUAUUGUAAAAUCAGAAAUGAAACCUCGAAGUCCCAUUUUGGUCUAGCUUGGAAGCAAAAUCAGCCCCGCGGCAGUCUCCUUCAGGUGUCUCACGCUGGCGGAGGGUUACAGCUGAAAAGUCGACUCAUCACGUGUGCGUUAGUGGGCGGGACUUAACAGAAGCGGGGGAGAGAGAGGCGGGGCUUAAGAGCUACCAGAGCAGGAAAGAAAGGGAGGCGGUCGCUCGUCGUCCUGGAAGGCAGCAAUUGGGUGAGGUGGGAAGUGACGUAAUAAGUGCGCGCUCACAGAUUCAGAAGGUCGCCGCGGCGUCUGCGCAUGGGGAGCUGGUUGCCGCUGCAGCCGCCUGGAAUUGUGGGGGUUGUGUCUGCCCCUCGGCUGCCGGGCGGGAAGCCGAAGGAGUUUGCGCUCACCAGCCCAGAAAAGAGCAGCACCAAAGAAGCAGAGAGAAAGGAAACCACGGCAGAAGAGGAGCUGGACUCUGAGGUCCUGGAGGUGUUUCACCCAACCCAUGAGUGGCAGGCCCUUCGGCCAGGUCAGGCUGUCCCUGUAGGAUCCCAUGUACGGCUGAAUCUCCAGACUGGGGCAAGAGAAGUGAAACUCCAAGAAGAGGACAAGUUCCAAAGUAAUUUGAAAGCAUUGAAAAAAGGCAAAAGGCUGGACAUAAACGCCAACACCUACACAUCUCAGGACCUCAAGAGUGCACUGGCAAAAUUCAAGGAGGGGACAGAAGUGGAGAGUUCAAAGGAAGACAAGGCAAGACAGGCCAAGAUUAAACGGCUCUUUCGCCCCAUUGAGGAGCUGAAGAAGGACUUUGAGGAGCUGAAUGUUGUCAUUGAGACUGACAUGCAGAUCAUGGUACGGCUGAUCAACAAAUUCAAUAGUUCCAGCUCCAGCCUAGAAGAGAAGAUUGCUGCACUCUUUGAUCUUGAAUAUUAUGUCCAUCAGAUGGAUAAUGCACAGGACCUGCUUUCCUUCGGUGGCCUUCAAGUGGUGAUCAAUGGGCUGAACAGCACAGAGCCCCUGGUGAAGGAGUAUGCUGCAUUUGUGCUGGGGGCUGCCUUUUCCAGCAACCCAAAGGUCCAAGUAGAGGCCAUUGAAGGGGGAGCCCUCCAGAAGCUGCUGGUCAUCCUGGCUACGGAGCAGCCUCUCACUGCAAAGAAGAAGGUCCUGUUUGCACUGUGCUCCCUCCUGCGACACUUCCCCUAUGCCCAGCAGCAGUUCUUGAAACUGGGGGGGCUGCAGGUCCUGAGGAGCCUAGUGCAGGCGAAGGGCACAGAGGUGCUGGCUGUGCGUGUGGUCACUCUGCUUUAUGACCUGGUCACUGAAAAGAUGUUUGCGGAGGAGGAAGCCGAGCUGACCCAGGAGACGCCCCCAGAGAAGCUGCAGCAGUAUCGCCAGGUGCACCUCCUACCAGGCCUGCGGGAGCAGGGCUGGUGUGAGAUCACUGCUCACCUCCUGGCCCUCCCUGAGCAUGAUGCCCGCGAAAAGGUGCUACAGACCCUGGGAGCCCUCCUGGCCACCUGCCGGGACCGCUACCAUCAGGACCCCCAGCUCAGCAGGACACUGGUCAGCCUUCAGGCUGAGUACCAGGCUCUGGCCACCCUGGAGCUCCAAGAUGGUGAAGAUGAGGGAUACUUUCGGGAACUGCUGGGAUCUAUCAACAGCUUGCUGAAGGAGCUGAGAUGAGAUUGCCCCUAACACCAGGACUGGACCGGGGCACUGGUGAGACUGUUGGUCACCAGCUUGGGUGGGCUCUUCAGGGGAUACCAGGCAGAAGGGAGGACUUCCUUACUGGGGCCUGAGUAUCAUUUGGGCAGUGCUGCCUUGGCCAUUAAAUGGAGGCAUGAGA